AUUUUAUGGGUAGGAAUUCUCUCUUCUAGGUAAUUGCCUAGUUAGAGAAACCUGUUUCUAGUGAGAGAAACUUGCAAAACCUAGUUUCAAUGUCACUUUUCAUGGCACUUUCUUCUCUUCCUUCUCCAUCUAUUCCGUCCUGUCCAUCAUCUUUAGUUUCUUCUUCCUCUGUGGAGAUUGCUUCUUUGUCUCAUGAUAAGAUUCAGGCUGAGAUUCUUCCUAUUACGGGUGCUGCUUCCUUGGCCCAAGUAAAUAGCUCUUAUCCGGCCAUUCCAGUCCAUGUAGUGUCCCCUGGUUCUCCGCCACCAAUGCUAGUCUCAGAGAGUCAACCCACUUCAUGGGUUGCUGUCACCCAGGGUUCUUCGAAACCCCUCACCUUUCACCCCCCUGUUCUUGAAGAUGGAAAAUUGAAGAUUCCAGACCCUACAACCAAAAAUUGGAUCUUGAAUUCAGGACUGUGGCAUGUUGCUUUCAAGACGCUAGUGAUGCGUAGGUGGGAGCUGAAUUAUGAGGUAAUUAAACAAGAUCCAAAAAGAGUCCCAAUUUGGGUGAAGCUUUGGAAGGUCCCUAUGGAGUUUCUCUCGAUGGAAGGGCUAAGCUACAUUGCCAAUGCAAUUGGGGUUCCCCUAGCUCUAGAUAAGGCCACAGAGGAAAGGGCUCGAGUUGAUUUUGCAAAAGUCUAUGUUGAAAUAGAUGUUUAUUUUGCUCAAGAUUUACCAGAAUUCAUCCUUGUUGAUGUUGAAGACUUUCCUUCUGUGGAACAUAAGCCACAGGCUCAAAAGAAGGAAUGGGUGGAGGUUACUGGUAAGGGCAAAACGCAAAAUUCACAGCCCAUGCAAGAUGGUGAAUUAGCAAAGAAAGUAGAUGAUAAGGGCACUUUAGUUCGGCCAGUUAAGGAGUUACAUGCAAAAUCUCCAAUUGUCUGGUCAAAUACAGUUAUGAAAGAGCCCAUGGUUGAUAUACAAGCUGUAGCAACUGUUCAUUAUGAGCAGCCUAUUGCUGAGCUAAAGUCUUGCAAAGAUGGACACAAUACGCUAAAGUCUUGCAAAGAUGGACACAAUACAUUUGAGGUCUUGGCUAAUAUUGAUGAUGAGCAAGUCUUUCCUCCACUCCAAGUGUCCUCGAAGUCCCCUAAGUCCUUAAAGAAGCAAAGGCAAGCGUCUUUAAGGGUAGUAACUGUUACAAAUACCUUGCUUCCUCGGCAAAGAAAUACAAAGAAAGUUGCAAAUUCCUCUAGUGAGUUGCCUAAGUUUGAUACAAUAGCUGAGUUUAUCCUUCCAGGGUGGUGUAAGUUUGGAAAUUAUAACUAUGCCUCUCUAGGACUUACUGAUCUUCUUGCAUUUGGUCCUCUGUUGACAUGGACAAACAAGAGGGAAGUGGGCCUUAUUGCUAGAAAAUUGGACAGAUUAAUGGUCAACAGCAAAUGGUUAGAGAUUUUUCCUAAUACCAGAGCUGAAUUCCUACCUUUGAAUAUUUCAGAUCACUAUGCAGGAUCUAUAACUAUUAUGGAGUCACCUAGCAAUCAUUUAAGGAGAUCGUUCAAAUUCUUUAAUUUUUGGACAAAAGAUGAACAAUUUCUAAGCAUUGUUCAGGAUAUUUGGUCUUCUGUUGAAGUUCAAGGGUGCUACAUGUUUCAACUUUGUAGAAAGCUAAAAGCACUUAAAGCUUCUCUCAGGCAGUUGAAUAAGAACUCAUAUGGUGACUUACAUGAAAGGGUUAUUAAGGAAACAGAUAAGCUGCAUGCUAUCCAAAUUGAUCUUUUGUCUAAGCCGCAAGAAGACUUGGUGAUAAUAGAACAAGAGCAAGCAAAAAGACUGGCGGAUUUAACAUUUGCUGAGGAAGCAUUUUUGAAGCAAAAGUCAAGGGUUCAUUGGCUCAAAGAGGGUGACCAAAAUACAACAUAUUUUCAUAAAAUCUUGAAAAUAAGAAGAUGCAAAAACUCAAUUAAGGAGCUACAUUCUGAUGAUGGUAAGGUGUUUACUCAACAUGUAGACAUUGCAAGAAAAGCUAUUGCCUUCUACCAAAAGCUCCUUGGAACUGAGGACCCUUCUUGUUUGGGUGGUGAGCUUGAACUAUUGAAAACACUAUUCAACUUCCAGCUUCCUAACACAAUGCAGCAAGACUUAAUACAACCUGUCACUACAGAAGAGUUUAAGCAGAUAUUUUUCAAUAGCCUAAACAAUAAAAGCCCUAGUCCAGAUGGUUAUACAGCUGAGUUUUACAAGAGUGCCUGGUCUAUUGUUGGGGAUCUUGUUACGAAAGCUAUUAAAAAGUUUUUCUCCACCAGAAAACUGCUUAAAGAGGUGAAUUCUACAAUAAUCUCCUUAAUACCGAAGGUGUCUUGCCCCUCUAAAAUGGCUGAAUUUAGGCUCAUUUCAUGCUGCAAUUUGUUAUGCAAAUGCAUUACUAAGAUAAUUGCUAAUAGACUGAAGAAGUGCUUGCCAUUAUUCAUUAGCAAUAAUCAAUGUGCUUUUGUUGAGGGGAGAUUGAUGGUCGAAAAUAUUCUACUUGCUCAAGAACUGGUUAAAGAUUAUAACAAGACUAAUAUGCAGCCCAUAUGUGCUCUCAAGAUUGAUUUAAUGAAGGCUUUUGACUCGGUUAGUUGGAAGUUUAUUCUUGCAGCUUUGGAAGCAUUAUCCUUUCCCCUUGUUUUUAUAAACUGGAUUAAAGUUUGCAUUACCUCCCCUAUGUUUUCUAUUGCUAUAAAUGGAGCCUUGGAGGGUUAUUUCCAGGGGAAAAAAGGAGUAAGGCAAGGGGACCCCUUAUCCCCUUAUUUGUUUGUCAUUUGUAUGGAGGUCUUGUCUAGGUUUCUUAACAAAGCUGCUCAAGAAGGAAGACUACCAUUUUCACCCAAAAUGCAGUAACGUAGGCCUCACCCAUCUGUGUUUUGCAGAUGAUCUCUUGAUUUUUACAGAUGGAUCACCCAAGGCUAUAAGUGUUGUUGACUCUAUUUUAAAGGAGUUUUAUUCAAUAACAGGGUUGAAAGUAA